AACUUAAUUAAAGUAUUUUUUCUGAAUUAAGAUUUAAUUAGCAAUCUAGAGUUUAUCUCUUUUCGAAUCCUGGCGUAAACUGAGCCUGAAUACAGUUUAAUGGUUAUGCUCUUAUUUCGAUUAGUUUUCCUGGUUGUGGUAUGUGGAAGUAAUGUUACAAUUGGAGUGAAAAACACCGAAGGUGAUUUACUUGCGGAAGACAAUUUCGGCUUUAUAGACAAUGUCAACCCUGACAACAAUGGACAUGUAUUGGACAAUACCGUGAAUGGGAUUGUAAAUUCGCCAAUGAUUUUAGAUGACAACAUUGUGGAAGACACGGAAGAGAGUUCUUCAAAUGAUCUGCUUACACUCGACAUGGUGGAGCAAAGCGCGGUUACUUCAAAUAUCAUGCUGCAACCGAGCACACCAAAUCCAACUAUGUAUGGGUAUGGUAUAAAUCCAUUUUACAGUGAGGUACUAGAUUUAACAUUGGCACCAGAAAUCGAUGUCGUACUUCCCGAUAGCUUUGCCAUGACAAAUGAGGAUCACCCGAGCAAGCUGAGGAUGGGAAAUGAGGUGCAAAUAGACCUGAAACAGGCAUUGCCGAUUUUCAAUGAAACGACGCAAAAACCAGAAACAACAACCAAAAAAGACAACUCUCGCGUACUGGGCCUCCGACCGUUUCACGGAAUUGCGAUACCACCCGGUGUCCCUAUUCCACCCGGUGUCCCUAUUCCACCCGGUGUCCCUAUUCCACCCGGUGUCCCUAUUCCGCCCGGUGUUCCUAUUCCACCCGGUGUCCCUAUUCCACCCGGUGUCCCUAUUCCACCCGGUGUCCCUAUUCCACCAGAUGUGCCAGACCAUUCAAGCACCUCAACAACGACAAAAUCAACAACGACCACGGUAACUAGCACGAAUUCCAGAUCAAUCGCACCGCAUCCACCAAUACCGAGACUGCUACAACCGAAAAAACCAACAGAACGUGCAAAACCUAAAACUUCAACAACCUUAAAACCGACGACUAUAAAAAGCAAACCAUCCAUACCUACGAAAAUAACGUCAACAAAAUCGACAAUUCAAGCUGGCAUGCCAAUGGAUUUUCAAAGAGGGAUGAUACCAGUAGUAGAUGUAGACUCUGGGCCGACAACUUCAUCACAAAAAAUCGAGCAUACAACGUCAAACAUUACGACAUUCGAAGCCGAUAACUCAAAAACCAUAGUGAUUGAACUAAACCCAAUAGCAGGACGAGAUAUAUUUCAUAACACAAGUCUUAUCGAGAAAUUUAAUAACAGUGAUAAUUCGGAUACGCGUGAUCAAGUUACUGUAGUUUAUCGGAUGUGUGGAUACCCUUCUAUAUGCGAUCAAGAAACUUGCAUAUCACUUGACAUAAGUAGUGAUACCUUGGAAGAGUGUGAAAUACGGGGAGCGAAAGCAGGAUUCGUUUUUGUCGUAAUCAUUUUAUCACUAGCGAUUAUAGUAGGGAACAGUUUGCUACCGUUGGUACUGUGGAGAAAUCGAGAAUUGAGAAGUCAUCACAAUUUAUUGAAAGUUUCACUUGGAUUUGCUGACAUGAUAACUGGUUUGAUUCUCCUGUUCUCCGUUAUUCCCAAUGUUAUCCGUACGAUGCAAAGCACCGAACAACAGUUAGCUGAAGAGGAUAGAGAUAUGACGAAUUCAGCCCAAGCUAUAAUAGCCGGUUCAAUGCUAACUUUAUCAGCACAGGCUUCAUUGUUUCACUUGACAUAUCUCAGCGCUGAGCGUUUUGUUGCAAUUAAAUGGCCUUUGUGGCACCGAGUGAGAGGACCAAAGUCUCUUUCAUCGCAAAUUUUGUCGGUGUGGGCAGUUUCUAUCUUAGUGUCUUUUCUACCAGCUGCUUUCAAGUAUCAAUUCUCGUUUCGAUAUUUGCCUGUAUUAUUCGUCUACAUAAUGACAGCAAAUGGAUCCGAAACCAAUGCGGAAGGAACGGCCUAUAUUGUAAUAACCAUGGUGAUACCAUAUAUAGCCACGAUAACAUUUACGGCACUAACCGGGGUAGUAGUAUGGUGGAAGAUGAAAUCAACGGCACAUAUGAAGCGUUAUUCCACAAGAAAUCAUCGAACUACGAACGGUGGUAUAGGAUCCCAGACCACUUCCGGGUUCAAACUAGCGAGUAACGGACGAUAUCAAUGGGAUGAUGCCGAUAACACAAAACCGGAACUAAAGCCGGAAGUAGCAGUGUUGAAGACCCUAACGAUUAUGAUUGCUGCCUUUAGCAUAACACUACUUCCUUUCAUAAUAGUUGUGAUUCUAUUCUACGGUAAACAACUGGACUGCGUAAACUACUCUAUGCCAUACACAAUUGCCUUCUACGCCUGUAUGUCGAACAGUUUUGUAAAUGUAUUGAUAUAUACAGUACGAGAUCAAAAAUUCCGAAACGGUUUACAUAAUGUUUUUCGGCGACGAGGGGCUAGUCAAAUAUGGAGCUCUAAUUCCAAUCAAGGAAAAAAAGGAAUGACAAUGAGUACGAGUAUCGAACUCACACCCCAUCCAAUACAACUGGAAAAUGGAGAAAAAUUUUCCAGUAGAACAUCUGGCAAAGAAAGAUGGGAAAGAGCCUUGGUAGGGAUGUGAAGGAUAAAAAGUAAACCAGAACAACACAGUGUUCUGUGUAGCCACAAGACAGAAAAAUGAAGAGCAGGAUAUAUUGACACUAGGAAGGCACCGCGAUGUAAAAAAUAAUCUGAGAGCUCUACCGGUCUCAAACUAAUGAAUCAAACAGAUAUGAUCCCAACAUUUAAACAAGGUACAUCAGUUUAAAAACAAGUCUACAGACAUAAUGAAUUGAAUUAGUGAACUAAUUGUACAGUAUUCUUUCAUUAUGAGAUAUUAUAACAAUCAGUAUGUGCAUUGAAUAUUUUUUUUGUACAGAAUCAAACAUUCAGUGUUAUAUUUUAUCAAGUACAGCGGUAAACUACUCUAUUGCUGCUUUUUUUUAUUUUUUUUUAUCAAGAUCUUUUCAUUUCAUUCUUUUUAUUAAUUUUUUUACGAUUUUAUUGCACAUAAAUGGAGAUUUUCGAAUAAAAGUAUGCAAAAUGAGAGC